AAGCGCACUUGCCAGUGCUAGCGUGCCACUUAUCGAUCGGAUAUUUAAAAUCUUGUGAAUGACUGAGCGAUGGACCGCAUGACGUUCCACUCCAUUUUGUAUGUCGUCGUCACCAGUCUACCUAGCUCAAUUGCAGAAUGCCAGCCAACCCCGGUCGAUGUCAAAAGGGAGCACCCAUUUUGGAGCUUGCGCGCAUUUGAAAAUUUGAAGUAUCCUUACGGGUUCCCGAUUGAUUUCCUUGGUGCAGUGGUUGGGCAGUUUGUGUUAAAUAUCACUCAAUGCACGGGUGCUUUGACUCCCUAUGACGAGCGAAUCUGUACAUAUAGUAAUCUUGUCAAGUAUUGUCAAUAUGGAGCAAAGGAAAUGGAGAGCAUGUUAAAGGCUGGAGAAGGUGACGCGAAGUGCCCUGGCGAUAAUAUCCCGCAACUCGAUACGCAAGGCAAAACGAUCCCGGUACCUUACAAUCGAUCUACCAUACAAGUGAUCCCGUUGACGAUUACGAAUGAUAUCCAAAGUUUUGAUGAAAAUUGGAGAAUGGACCUACCGGAAUAUUUCACGAAAUGUGGUGCAUGUACGGACAUGAUUAGCAUAGGCGGACUCUAUGUUUGCGACUACUCCAAGUUCUUGAGUAUUUUUCAAUACACCGUUCGGAAUCCUUCAGUUAUAUCAUGGGAUCAGUCGGAACAGAAUGUUUUUUCGUUGUAUGUGUACUACUUUUGUACGAUCGCCUGGCCAGAGUUUAUCAAGGACAACCCUAAUACUCUCCACCCAAAGCAUCAUCCAUUUUGCCCAAACCCAUGUUCGGUCCGUUUGAACCCUUGUUCCAAAGUGCCGAAUGCUAUACCAGCUAUCAAAACGCCGCAAAUCCUCUCUUCUAUUAGUGCAAGCAACUGCAUCUUGGUGAACAAUGGUUUGUUCGAAGGAGAGUAUGAAUGCCUAUGCAGGCAGGGAUAUGUUUGGAACAAACACGCCAAAACCUGUGAAGCUCCUGAUUUAUGUGCGCGUAAUGCUGAGGAACGGAAGAAAAACCCGCUAGUUCAACCGAUCUGUUCGGAGAAGGGUACUUUACGGUGUGUAUCGUUUCCUCCCCCACCAUCGGAGCAUGAGAAGGAUGAUGAUUUUUACUUGACCGGAGCGCAUAUAGCCGCCCGUUACGCCUGCGUGUGUCGCAAUGGUUUUAUGGGACAACGAUGUGACCGACUUCGGGAUGCUUGCAUUGAGAGUGGAAGACCCGGAACAGUGUCAGGUGAACAGGCGUGCAGAACAUACUUGGGUAACAAGUGCACCCCACACAAUGGUACGGAUUAUUAUUUCUGCAAAUGCGCUGAGAACUGGGUUCACAAUCCUGCUUACCCUUUUCCAAAUUGUUACAAACGCCGAACCAUUUGUGACCGGAUCAUUUGCCGCAAUCGUGGGACCUGCGUGGGUUCUGCUGAUCAACGCGCAUUUCUCUGUGUUUGCGAAUACGGCUGGCACGGUAGACUAUGUGAGCUUCCAGAUGUGAGACACUGGCUCCCAUGGGGAUCGUGGACAUUGUGCUCUGCCCCGCUUUGCGGAGGUAGGGGUUGGCAGAGUCGGUCGAGAGAAUGCCGCGUGCCAGUCAACAACAUCACUGGAUUAGGGCAGUGUGAUGGCAACUCCGUAGAAUAUCGACCGUGUCGUAGCGGGUGCCCUGAUCCAGUGCGAAGUUAUCUGCCAAUGAUCAAGCUCAUCGUCUUCUUCGCGUGUUGCUUGCUAAUCCUACAAUUCGCUGUCGGCGUGGUCUAUGUGCUUUUGCAAAUGGAGUACAUGUGAUCUGGAUACAUGACGGCUGAUCUACUUCCGCUCUCUUCACCAGCUUGGUCCAUCUGUAGAAAUACUUCAACCGUGAUGUCGACACACGAUUAACCCAGCUGUAAUAGGCAUUGUAUCUAAGUUUUACGCACAGGGAAAUAAUUGGAUCCGAUACUAUUGCGAGAACCAAGUGUAGAUGGCCCUAAUUGAUGGGAACGUUGGUGUGGCUGUUAGUGGUAGAUUCCAUCCAACCCAUACAGAUGUGUUUGCUUGCUGGCUUCUUUGUAUAUAGUUGAUCCCCACAAUACACUUCUUAGAGGUAAAAUAA